CGAAACGCCAUCGUCUUCCAGGCUCGGUAAGAUCAAGCGAGCGAUCACACGCCGUAAUAAACUAGCCAUCCUUGGACAUGGUGUUUGUCCGCCGCUCAUCCGACUCGUUCUCCGAAGGAUUUUGCAAGCAGCAUAUAAGGUACGCAGCACACCCUCGGUCAGUCUCCCACUGUUGGGCUUUGAAUCACCCCGACGCCGGUUGGAUAUAGGAAAUUGAAGCAAUGGUGGUAGCGACAUCAGUACUUUGUUGCCUCGAGCUUCGUGGCCUCCUUGGAGCCAAUAAAACGUUCUCUUCCGGAUCUGCCGCGUACAACGCCUCCCUGGCGUCGUAUUUCUCUCUCCAAGAAUCGGACAUUUCGCCAGCCUGCAUUGUCGCCCCUACCACCACGACUGAAGUGUCGGCGGUGGUGCGCUACCUCACGAGCGAAAAUAACACCUGUAGCGGCAGGGACUUCGCCAUUCGCUCGGGGGGGCAUGGGGUCUUCGCGGGAGCGGCCAACAUCGCGGAUGGAGUGACCAUCGAUCUCAGCGGCCUCGACAGUAUCAGCGUCAGCCAGGAUGGGUCAACAGUGACGGUGGGAGUGGGAGCCACAUGGGGGGCGGUUUAUGCGGCGCUGGAGCCGCUGAACCUGAUCGUCCCCGGAGGUCGCGACGCCCCGGUCGGGGUGGGCGGCCUCUCCGUGGGAGGGGGGAUGUCAUAUUUCUCCCCGCGCGUUGGCUGGACCUGCGACAAUAUUGUCGACUAUGAAGUGGUCCUCGACGGGGGCUCUGUCGUCCAUGCGACUGCCAGUGCCAAUGCGGACCUCCUGGUGGCGCUGCGAGGCGGUUCCAAUAACUUUGGGGUGGUGACCCAUGUGCAACUCACCACCGUUUCCCAGAACCAUACCAUCUGGGGGGGGCGGUCGUACUACACGGUCGACACCAUCGAUGCACAGUUGCAAGCCACGGCUGCAUUCACCGAGGCCGACUCCUACGACGAAUAUGCCUCGUUGAUCGUCAGCUUCGCCUGGACGCCCAGCACGGGGGCCAUGAUUGCCAACAACAUGGAGUACACCAAAUCCGGGCAGGUUGCGGUCCCCGCGGCGUUCGCGGGCUUCUCCGACAUCCCCUCCUUGUCCGACUCGCGCGGCGUAACGACCGUCUCGGAGCUGGCGACCGAAGGAGGCGCUCUCUCGCCCAAUGGCUACCGGGAAUUGUGGAUCGAGACCACCUAUUACUCUACUCUCUCCAUGCUCAAUGUGACCUGGCAGCAGUGGAACAGCAGUCUGGCCGAUUCGGGCAUUGAGCAAGUCUCGGGACUCGUCUGGUCGUUGUCCCUGCAGCCAUUGCCGCCCGCCAUUUACGCGCGCCACAACAUGGCCAAUUCCCUAGGCUUGACGGCCGAUCGCACCGACACCUCGGCCUCCUUGAUGAUCGCUUUGCUCAGCGUCACCUGGGAGAACGAGGAGGACGACGCGGUCGUCAGCAAGGUGGCCCACGAGAUGAUUGCGGGCAUCGAACAGGCGGCCCAGCAAGCGGGGGCCUACCAUCCGUUCAAGUACCUCAACUACGCCAACGCGGAUCAGGAUCCCAUCGCCAGUUACGGCCCGGCCAGUGUCGCCCAGUUACGGCAGGUGGCGCGCCGAGUGGAUCCUCGGGGGGUCUUUCAAGAUCGAGUCCCGGGAGGAUUUAAGCUGAAAGACGUGUAG